AUGGCGGUGCGUUUAGUCAAAUUUGUACUCAUUAGUGCCCUUUUCCAACUAAUAUCGGUGGAGGGCCAGCAAAGCCCCUACGGCGGGAACAAGUACUUCGAGGAAAACGAUGGCUACCUCAAGCAAAGUUUGGGCACCCUAGACGACGCGUUCCUCAAGUCGUCGAGCGAUCGGCGCAGCCUGGAGGACUACUUCUGCCCGGAAUAUUGGACCGCUUUCCGCAACACGUGCCUUCGGAUUCACAAGUCGCCCCGUAAAAACUGGUACGAUGCACAGAAAAUAUGCCAGGCCAACCAGGGCGACUUGGUGAGCAUCGAUACGAUCGAGAAGCACUCUUUCAUUGUGAAGCUGAUGGACCAGGAUGUUAGCAAGCAGCACAGGUACUAUGUUUCGGCGCGCCAAGCUUCCAUCGGGAACUGGGUAAACGCCGACAAAAGCCAGCUAAUUGCCAUCGACGACGCGAUCAACUACGAAGAGAGCCGCGAUACGACGGACGAGCUGCAGUCGUACUUCGAGAGUAACAAAAACACCAUCGAACGGGAUGAUCCGUACGAACAGGGAAAGUACUAUCAGAGUGAGCGCUUCAGAAACCGUAACUUUCUGAUUCUUGGCUUCAACAUGCGCAAGGAAAAGUGGCAGUUUUAUCCGGUGACCGGCGACGACAGUUUCCUGUUCAUUUGUGAGUCUCGCUCACUGUACAGUGCGGACAACAUUAACACACUUUUAGAGAACCGCCGUAGCUAUGACUACGGAUUGGAGCAGACGGAUAUACCGGAAAGGAUACCGCGCGGGCCUUACUUUAUUAAGCAACCGGUCGACACGACCUACGAUACGGGAAAGUUUAAAAUCACAAAAGACGUUACGUUAAGCUGCCUGGCCGGCGGAUACCCGACGCCCAAGUAUACCUGGUACAAGGAAGAGUACAUUAAGGACAACUUAACCGUAAUACCGAUAGACCCGCUGACCAAUAGAAAUCACACUGUGAGUGGGGGGAACCUGAUUAUUCACAAUCCGACCCAGAAUCGCGACCAGGGAACAUACCAUUGCACCGCGCAGAACGUUUACGGGAAGAUUAUUUCCGAAAGUGUACAGCUCAAUUUCGGUUACAUUCUGGAGUUCAAUUUGCAACGUGCUCCGGAAAAGGGCGAAGAGAAUUGGGGAAAAGCACUGGUGUGUGAAGAGCCGCAGCACUAUCCGGAUGUAAAGUUCUACUGGUCGCGCAACUUCUUCCCCAAUUUCGUGUUCGAGGACCAGCGAGUGUUCGUGAGCCACGAUGGGUCGUUAUAUUUCAGUUCGUUGGAAAUCAUGGACCGUGCGAACUAUUCCUGCACCGUUAUGAGCACCGUCAGUGACACAGGACGUAACGGACCAUUUUUCCAACUAUCCGUUUCGCCAUCACCGCACUACCAGGAUCUGAUUUUCGCCAACUCUUUUCCGAAAGCGUUCCCCAAGGUACCACUGGCCGGGAAGGACGUGCGGUUAGAGUGCAUGACGUACGGUUACCCGGUAGCCUCAUACAAUUGGACGCGCAAAAACGGAAAUCUACCUCGUAUGUCGAGGCUGGAAAAUUUCAACCGGGUACUGGUGCUCCAGAAUGCCACCGUGAACGAUAACGGAGAGUACAUGUGCACGGCUCGGAACGCCAAGAAAUCCAUCAUGCAAAGCAUCUUCAUCAACGUGCAGAUGGAACCGAACUUUACUAUUCCGUUGCGCCACCGGACGAAGGACCUCCAGGGUUCGGUCACGUUCUUGUGCGAAGCCUUUGCGUCCCCGGAUGUCAACUACACGUGGUACAAAAAUGGCGAGCACAUGGAUGAGCGAGAGCACGGUGGAAAGUUCAACCGGGACAAGUACACGAUACAGGAUAAUUUGCUUAAGAUCAACUUCCUCGAACCGGAAACGGAUGACGGGAUGUAUCAGUGCAAAGCAACUAACCAGCUGAAGGGCGUGUACUCGUCCGCCCAGCUGCGCGUGCUCAGCAUGAAGCCUUCGUUCAAAAAAAGGCCGCUCGAGUCGGAACUGUACAGCAUCGUGAACGGCAAUACGACCAUCUUGUGCGAACCGGAAGCAGCACCGACACCGAAGAUAGUGUGGAAAAAAGAUGGCAACGUUAUUGGCAGCGGAGGACACCGUAAGAUUUAUCCAACAGGAACACUGUUUAUCUCACCAACGUCACGCGAUGACGAGGGAACGUACACCUGCAUCGCGUCCAACAAUCAGGGAAUGGCUGAAUCGAAGGCCCGUCUAAUUGUGCUGCAAGAGCUGCGGUUCACCGAGCAGCUGCCUGCCAAGCAGAUCAAGCAGAUCGGCGAGAUGCUGUACCUCAGAUGUGACGUUACAUACGAUCCCCUGCUGGACGUAGCCUUCAUCUGGACGCACAACGGCCAAGUGCUGAAUGACCAGCGCUACGAAGAUCAGCCAAUGGUACGGGAUCCAUUUGCACUGCAAUACCGGAUCCGUAUCCACUACAACAGCCUGGAGGUGCACAAUCUAACGCUCGUUGAUGGUGGCGAGUACGAGUGCAUCGCGAAGUCAUCGGUGAAUCGGAUUGUCACGAAAUCGAACGUACUCAUCCAGGGACCACCGGGAGCACCGGGUGCGGUGAAGGUAAUCGACAUCAAGAAAACGGAAGCGCUGCUAGAAUGGACGAACGGUAACGACAAUGGGCGCCCGAUCCUGUACUACAAUAUUCUCGGCCGCACCAAUUGGAACCGUACCUGGGUGAACAUAACGCAGAACGUGAUAGCGCAGGAGGUGGAUCGAUACAAUGGCCGUCGCCGAGCGACCGUUCUUAACCUAACACCCUGGUGCGGGUAUGAAUUUAGCGUGGUAGCAGUGAACGACUUGGGCAUUGGAACGCCCAGUCUACCGUCUCCGGUGUAUAGUACUCAGAAGGACAAGCCGUACAUUGCGCCACGUAAUGUUGGUGGUGGAGGUGGUAAAAUUGGAGAUCUAACCAUCACCUGGGAUCCACUGUUGCCACAGGAGCAGAACAGCAUCGAAAUUCACUAUAAAGUGUUUUACAAGCUGCCCGACCAGCGUGAAUGGGCGAGUGAGGAACUCCGGCGCCAGGGUAACAGUGGGAAGGCUGUGAUUCACGUGCACACAGAUAAGUAUUACACGAAGUACGAGGUUAAAGUGCAAGCAAUCAACGAUCUUGGCCUUGGACCGAUCAGCGACCCAGUGACAAUCUUCUCGGCCGAAGACAUGCCGCAGGUCGCACCACAGCAAACCAUCGCACGCAGCUUCAACUCCACCGCAUUGAACGUAACAUGGAUGCCAGUUUCGCAGAGUAGAGAAAGUAUUCGCGGCAGACUGAUAGGCCACCGGUUGAAGUACUGGAAAAAGGAACACAAAGAGGAGGACUCCGUGUACUACCUAUCUCGUACCACGCGCCCGUGGGCUUUGAUCGUGGGCCUGGAACCCGAUACGUACUAUUUCGUGAAGGUGAUGGCAUACAAUGCAGCCGGCGAAGGCCCGGAAAGUGAACGCUAUCUCGAACGUACCUACCGCAAGGCACCACAGAAACCUCCGUCGUCGGUGGAGAUCAAGGGCAUAAAUCCUUCCACCAUUUACGUAGUAUGGCGCUAUAUCGCUCCUUCUCAGGACGAGGAACCGGUUCAAGGAUACAAGAUACGUAUCUGGGAGAUGGACCAGGACAUGACUGGUGCCAAUGAUACAGUUGUGCCUAUCGGCAAAAAGCUGGAAAAGUACAUCGACAACUUAACACCCGGAAAAUCGUACAAUCUACGCAUUUUGGCGUUCAGCAACGGCGGUGAUGGAAGAAUGUCCAGCCCGCCAAUACAGUUUAAGAUGGGUAUUACGCAAACACCACGGAAUGGGUCCGCCAAUUUGCCAUCGAUUCCACUUGCCUUGCUCGCUAUGCUUAGUAUAUUGCUAGUCCUGCAAUAGAAAGUAGAGAGCUCACAUUCCGUCGUUACUUUAUCGACAGUACGACUACAUGUCAUCUUUUGUCCCGCUCGAUUUGUUCGCGAUAUAUCCUAUCAUUGCCGUGAUAGCCGUGAUAGAGCGUUAUGAACAUGAUCUUAAGUGGUUAACAAGAUGCGAGGAGCAGCUUAAGCGGUGUUCCACAAAGGUAGUUGUAUCCAAGCAAACAUGUGUCGAAUGCAGAAAUCUCGCGAAACAGAGCAUUGAAUGUAUUUUUAAAUAUGUAGACUUAGUAUUUACAUAACACAACAGAAUCCGUCCAUCAGAGAAGAUAUUUUGAAGCA